AUGGAAGCCCAUAUUUUACAAAUUUAUUGGCAUGAAUCCAAACCUAUUUAUUCACUGACUUUCCCCACAUCAUCUGCUUAUACAUCUAAAAAUAUUCAUAAUGAUAGACUCAUCACAUGCGGUGGUGAUAAAAAAAUACGUGUUUGGAAAUUCAACUUAAAAACCAAAGAAGUAAAGGACAAUCCCGAUAUAGUUUUGCAAACAGUGGACAGCAUUGAUUUUUUGUCUUCAUUGAUAGGUUUCGAGCAAGCUGUUAAUGUUAUAAGAUUUAAUAAUUCCACAGGUGAUAUUUUAGCAAGUGCAGGUGAUGAUGGUAUGGUUCUACUUUGGAAACUAUGUGUUGAAAAUGAAGAAAAAUAUCAAAAUAAUACUAUACUGAGAUCUACUGAUGAUGACGAAUGUAAAGAGUCAUGGUAUAUCUGGAAAAAAUUAAGGGCACCACAUUCGAGUGAAAUUUAUGAUUUAUGUUGGUCUCCAGAUGAUAAAUAUAUUGUAGUGGGAUGCAUGGAUAAUACAUUGAAAAUAUUUGAUGUUAUACAGGGGACUUUUGUUUUUCAAACUACAAAUGAAGGACAUUGCCAUUAUGUUCAAGGUGUUUACUGGGAUCCUCAGGACCAAUAUAUUGUUUCUAUGAGUGCAGAUAGAGCAAUGUGUGUAUAUAAGAUUAUAAGGAGCAAUGAAUGUAAUAAUAAUAAUAUAAAGGAGCUAAAAUUGCAAAAUAAAGUCAUAAAAGCUGAAAUCGAUCAUUUUAUGGUAUCGCUUUUCCAUAAUGAAACUUUACCCUCAUUUUUCCGAAGAUUGAAAUUUUCACCGUGUGGCUCUCUACUUAUUACACCAAGCGGUGUGAUGAGACAAGGGACUGGUAACAACAACUCUAGUGUUAAUUACAUCAAUACAGUUUAUAUUUUUGGUAGAAGUAAUUUUAAAACGCCAAUUGGUUGUAUACCAAACUUACCAAAGCCUGCGAUUGCUAUAGCAUUUAAUCCUAACUUUUAUGAACAUAGUUCGAAUAUUACUCAAUCUGCUAUUAAAUUACCUUAUAAAUUGGUUUUUGCUGUAGCAACAGUUAAUCAAGUUUUCAUCUAUGAUAGUUCUGAUUUGGCUUGCAUUGCUAGUGUCGCUAAUUUGCAUUACAGUCCAAUAACGGACAUUUGUUGGAAUCCUAGUGGUAAUAUAAUUAUGAUUUCUUCUACGGAUGGUUUUAUAAGUUAUAUUACAUUAAAUUGCGACAAACUUUUUGGUAAAAAGACCUUUUUAAAUCAAUUCGAUUUGAAAUCAAAAGGUACAACACCAGAAAACAUUCCAGAUACUUUUUUAAAAAAAAAUGAAAUGGUUCCAGCAAUUAAUAUUUUAAUUCCAAGGAAAAAAUAG